AUGGGAAAAAACAGCAUACCUCUAAGAAUUGGCCGAAAAAAGCCAAAAAGAGAAAUGAACCCAGUCGAACAAUGAAGAUACAAAAUAAAACAGAAGAAAAACCUUCAAAGCUUUUUGAAGAAAAUGAAACAGAGAGAGAAUGGCGAAAUUCCUGAGAAAAAGAAAAAAGUUAUAAGAAGAUCCCCAUCUCCAGAAAGCAAUGACCCUAUGUGUGGUGAACUGAUGACAACCAGCUCGCUAAGAAAUGUGGAAGAAAUGCAAAAAGAAAUAAGAAAUGUGAUGAAUGAAGAAAAAAGUGAAGAAGAAAGGGAGGAAAAAGUAAUUUUGGUUAAAGAGAAGCCUGAACCAAAAAUGUUUAUUCCUGUUUCGAUUAGAACUAAAAAAACUACUGAAAAAUGUGAGGAAGAAAGCUCUGGGUCGGAAUCUGAGUCUUUAAGCGAUUCUCCUGUUCAUUCAUUUUACACAUCUGUUCCAAAGCCAAUUUCUAUGGUGUCUCAGCCUCCAAAACCUGCAGUGAGUCUUUCAAAGCCCCCUCAAAACUCAUCAGCUUCAACAAACCAAAACCUUUUCAAGUCGCUUUUGAAUGAUUAGAUUAGAUUAGAUUAAUUAGUUUAGCGGGUCACGGAGGUUUAUUUCAGCCUCUACCCAGCGCUGCCAGCUUCAGGCUUGCGCCCUAUGCACCGGCUCUGUAGCUCACUCCAUUUUCUGUCGACGUCACCAAAAAUGGUGACGUCGCCAUCUAACAGGGAGACUCACCCAGGUACUCCUUGAUCAGGGUCUAGUGAUCCGGCGCCGUCCCUUCUGGGGAGGGUGAAAAGUAGCCUCCCGGAAUCUCCUUCAGGUCCCCUAAGCUCCACUACAAGCUUCAUCACUUUCCUUCUAGUCCUGAAGUGUGACUCCUGAUUCUGCGGCUCUGGUCUUCUUGUCUUUGUGAGAGGUAAAAAACCUUGUCGUGGUGUCCCGACCAAGGUAAAAAAACCCACCCUGGACACAAUAUCCAGGCCCCGUUUACUUCUUAACCCCGUAGUCCUGGGGGUACAGGAGAAGGACGGGUCGGAUGGCUCGCCAUUUUAAUUGUGUCUUUUGAAUGAAGAUCCAAAACUGUCUGAAUUUUUUAAUAGCAUUAAUGAUUUAAUUUAA